UACUUAACAUAGAUCACAACUUCCUUUGUUAAUCAUCAAAUGUGCAUUCAUGGCAUCAUUUUCAAAGUCUUCUGUCCAUUCCCAACCCAAAAUGUUAAUCCACCCUUCCUUGCUGCCUUUGGUUUAUUUUCAAACAGAUCUGUGAUGUAAACAACUUUGUGCUCUGCAUCUUUUGGGGUAUGGAGUCUCAGCUCACCUGAGGACAGGUGGACCUGCCCUGUCCCUGGGUAGUCCUGUCUGUCAAGUGGGCCCUGAGAGGAGAGGGGGCUAAAGGACCUGAGGACAAAGGGUAGCUUUGGGAAGAUUUCUAAGGGUGACCCCUCACACAUCCCUAAACCCACCACAUGAUUUCCACCAACCAAGCAGCAUCUACCAUAGGCAACAACAAGACAACACCUAUUCCAGGAGGAACUCGGCCCCUAGGAGUCAGGCCCAGGGAACCUGCACUUUGGAAAUUCUCUGAAGCCUUCACACUACUCAGUGGUCUCAGGUGUGCUAUGCCUGAUCUCUAUCUCAGUGCUACUGAAUAUGGGUCUGAGGGAGUAACAUCUGCAUGAACAAGAAAACUCGUAAAAGAUGUCAUUUUUUGAGCCCUACAGGAGAUUCAUAACUUAAGAGUGGGCCCUGCUUCCCCCCAAAUUUGUAUGCACUUUAAAGCUUCAGAAGAAACAUUUGCUACGUGGUUCCCAUGCAGUUUCCCAUUAGUAUUACAUGAUGAGUAUUUAGAAAUAACAUCACCUGUGCCCUCCCCACAGAGUCUGUCUAUUGAUCUGGGUGGGAGCAUCCGAGUUGUUUUAACUCCAGGUGAUUCUAAGGUUAGGCCCGGUUUAAGCCCAAGCCCAAAGGCUACUGGUACCUGGUGAUAGUUGUUUGCAGUCUUCAGUCCUUUUGCCUUUGGGGAGACAUUGGUGUCUGCUCUACAUGGGAUUGGAAAGGGCAGGUCAGUGUAGCCAACUUACUCUGUGCUGUAGCGGAAGUUUUGGGGCAUCUGUGUGAGGGGAGAGCAUGUGUUGGCAGGAAAGAAAAAGCUCACAGUUCGGUCUCCAUGCAGGAGCUCAUUGUUACUGAAUCUCUUUUUCAGAAGGUUGCCGUUUCAGCAUUUCAAGGUCCUUUAGCCUGUUGGUGUUGUGGGAAGAGGUGAAGGAGCUGUGCUGACGCCACUGAAGGCAUAUUUUCAAGAUACCAAUGUGAUUCCUCAACAUCAUAUCAAUAAGAAAAUGACCCAGAGCAGGAGGAAGGAGAGGAGGAAAUGGCAGCUUCUCAGCCUCCACAACGGCCAAUGCUCAUCCAGGCAUCCAAGAGGAAAUCUGUCCUGGAAAUGGAUCGCCCGAUUAGCUCACUGAUCGGGAAUGAUGACCUGAAAUCCACCUGGCCCUCAGGGUGUCCCAUCAAGAGAAGUUUGGUCCAGGACUCCAUAAGCAGCAUCCAGGCACCAGGCAAGAGAUCUGCUCAGAUCUCCACCCUGGCUUGUCUGAACCCACCAAAGAAACCCAGACUGGGUCCCAUCCAAUUUCCCAAGAAGAGCACCCUGAGACCAGAUCUAGGGGUUUUCCAGAAUCUGCAGCCUCCACCCAGUACCACCGGACCUGGGCCAACCGUGGCACCCCCAGUGACCAGGAAGACACCUGCCCAGGUGCAAAGCAUUGACCUCCAGCCUCCACGCAACACAUCUUACCUGAAUACUCUCCAGGCCUACACCAGAGUCCAGCCUCCACCCGUCAAACAUGUUCCAGGCCAGCCUCUCAGGAUGCUCUUCAGGAGAGUAGGCAAAGCCUGGUGGAGCUGCAGAUACAUGACAUCUCCCUCUUUGUCUCCUGCUGAGAAGCCAACCCCUCCUGCGCAGAGCCCACCCAUGGGCAAGAAGUCUGAGGAGCACUGUGCCCCAGGCCACUGGAGUGUCCUCUAUGAUGACCUUCAGAUUUCUUCUUCCUCUGAAGAGAGUGAGUGAGAGGGAGACACCAAUGACCACUAAGACAUGUCCUUCAGCCCCAGGUACCCUGGAGGUGACUGUGGAAAAGAGGAGGGGAAGUCCCAAGGAGUGGCCUGUCCCAGGUGAAUCAGUGAUUCUUCACCUCUGGGGGGUGGGUGGGUGAAACAAUAGUGGAAACCCAGGUUUUGCUUAGGGACACACAUGUGGAAAGCACUGCAUUUUCUCCUGAUGGAAUUAGAGUCAACAUGGAAAUGGUGCUUAUCAAACUGGAAUGUCAAUUCUUUUGCAAGCUCAAUCCUUUGUAGACAACUUUGAGACAAUUCCAAGAGAAAGUUUUAACUGUGGUGUAAAUAGAAAGCUGUGGUGAGAAUCUGGAAUUGGUGGCAAAUGUCUGAAAGUAUUGCACGUGGCUAAAGGGCCUAACUCUGCUUUAUAGAAUGACAGCAGGGCCCUGAGUUAAGAUGAGAUUUGUGGAUUCUGUGGACUUCUUUCCAUGUAAAUCAUACAGGGGACUGCUCCUGUGGCUUUGUUUAUUAUUAUUAUUAUUGUUAUUUUUCUCAGUAAACAUUAUUCUAAAGCUUUAAAAUUUUUCUUUCAAUACCAAUAAAAUUCUGGGCAAAACAAGUCAAGUCAUGGCAUGCGUGGUUUUUAUUUUUCAGCCUUGAAGAUCCCCUCGACAUUUAUUUUUCA